UCAAGGGAAAAAGAAAGUUUCCAUUUCCUUUCUCGGAUCUUACCCUACGCAAAAACCUUGAAUCCGAUCUCCGCGACGAGGAUUCUCGUCUCUCUGGUAAACUCUCGGAGGAGGAAUCUGUUGCUUCCGUCGGUUUUUUCUGUGGCAGAUAAGCUGCUAUAGAGGGAGAGCUAUGUUGAGUUCGAUCGCUAGUUUGAAGGAGAACUUGAACAAGAUCGUGCUUGAUGUGCAUGACAACGAAGAUGACGAAGAUCUUUCCGUCUACAGAUCCUCCAAUGGCGGUGAUUUCUCUGGCUCUGACCGGAGGAAUUCUAGCGGUAUCAGAUAUUCCAGGUCCGUUUCAAAGUCUCCGAUCGCCAAUGGUUAUGGGGCCGAAUCGCCCGUUAAUCAUGAGAUUGAGAUGUAUAAAGCAGAAAUCAGACAGCUUCAGGAAGCAGGAUCAGAAAUCAAGGCUCUAUUAAUAAAUUAUGCAGCUCUUUUGAAAGAGAAAGAGGAUCAGAUUUCCAGAUUGAACCAGGAGAAUGGCUCAUUGAAACAAAACCUGGCUGCAAGUAACAAUGCUCUUAUAGAGGCUAGAACCGACCUUUCCAGGGCAUCAAACAAUAAUGCAAUCCAGGGAAACAAUGAUCACUUACCCAACAAGCUGCACAGAUCUGUGUCUCAUUCGAAAAAUCGAAACCAAACGUACAAUGGCAUUGCCUCUAAAUUUGAUGGGUUAGGCAAUGAUUCCGUUUCACAUGUAAAGGAAAAGGAGCUUGCAGAUUCGCUAGAAGAGAGAAACAGAACACUAGCAGCUGUUCAAGCCACGCUUGAAUUACAAAGAAACGAACUUGAGAAAGAGCAGGAAAAUUUAGCAAAACUGCAGCUUGCAUUGCAAGAGGAGCGCAGACGGAAUGAAACUUUUGAAGAAGAACUCGAAUCUCUAAGGUUAGAUAAGGAACAAACCUCCUUGGAAAUGAACAAAUUACGUGGCGAACUGAACGCAAAAUUAGCAGAAAGCAAACACCCACAGAUGCAGUUGAAUGGUCGAGAGAACCAAGCUGUGGGAAUUGCCAUGGAAAACUUGAAAGAAGUGAACAGAGCCCUGGAGAAGGAAAAUACUGAGCUUAAGUUGAAAAAAAGUGAACUGGAGACUGCUUUAGAAGCUACCUUGAGGUCAACAAGUAACAAAGUCUUCCCAGAUGCGCAAGAGGCUCUCGUUAGACAUCCUAGUAACUUGAACAAGGAGAAACCAGAAAGCUUCCCUGGAAAAGAAGAGAUGGAGCAAUCUUUGCAGAGGUUGGAAAAUUCUUUGGAGGAAACACGGCAUGAAAGGGAUAAGGCUCGUCAAGAACUCAAACGGCUCAAACAACACCUACUAGAGAAGGAAUCUGAGGAGUCCGAGAAGAUGGAUGAAGAUAGCAGACUGAUUGAAGAACUCCGCAAGGCCAAUGAAUAUCAAAGGUCUCAGAUAUUACAAUUGGAGAAAGCUCUUAAGCAGGCAAUUGCUAGUCAGGAGAAUAUCAAGAUGAGCAAUGACACUGAAAUCCAGAAGUCCAAGGAAGUAAUUGAUGACUUGAAUCAAAAGCUUACAAAUUGUUUGAGAACAAUAGAGGCCAAAAAUGUUGAACUGUUAAAUCUUGAAACUGCGCUUGGCCAGUACUAUGCUGAAGUCGAGGCUAAGGAACAUUUUGAACGAGAGCUUGCAGUGGCCAGAGAAGAGUCGAUGAAACUUUCCGCUCGAUUGAAAGAUGCCGAUGAGCAAUUAGAGUCUUCGAAGAAAGAAAAGGAAGAAGUCGAAUCCAAGCUGUUGCAAGCAGAAAAGGUUGCAUCGGAAUGGAAAAACAGAGUCAACAAACUUGAAGAAGACAAUGCAAAAGUACGCCGUGUUCUGGAGCAGAGCAUGACAAGGCUCAAUAGGAUGUCAGUGGAUUCAGAUUAUCUUGUUGAUAGGCGAAUUGUCAUCAAAUUGCUAGUCACGUACUUCCAGAGGAACCAUAGCAAAGAGGUUUUGGACCUUAUGGUACGGAUGCUGGGAUUCUCGGAGGAAGACAAACAGCGGAUAGGGAUGGCUCAACAAGGAACCGGGAAAGGUGUCGUAAGAGGCGUAUUGGGCCUGCCUGGCCGCUUAGUAGGCGGGAUCCUGGGCGGCGGUGGCUCUGCGGAUGCACAUUCUAAUACAGCUUCAGAUAACCAGUCCUUUGCGGAUCUGUGGGUUGAUUUUCUGCUAAAGGAAGUGGAGGAAAGAGAGAGAAGGGAUGCGGAAGAUGCAGCGAAUAAAGUCAAGCAAGGAUCACCGCCGCAUCAAACGUCUUUGCCUGAUGCUGGAGGAGGGUUCGCCAGGACAAACUAUCUUCCCCCAUAUGAGCAUCAUUCUGACUCAGAGUACUCGACGGUUCCUCUCACCUCAUCCGAUAGCAAUCCUCGUCUCUCCAGAUUACAACAACAGCAACAUCAUCAAUGGUAAAAAUACAGAUGUAUGAACAGCGUUGAAGUUCUCUCUCUCUCUCUCUCUGCUAUUCAUGCUAAGUAUAUAGGGUUGUCAAUCUGAUGUUGUAAUUAUCUCACCUUGUUCCAUUAAUUCUUUUAUUGUCUUUUUUUUUUCUUGUGGAAGAAAAAAAAAAUCAAAGAGUUUCUGUAUGACGGAUCUUUUUGCGAAAACUAAUAUUGGAUUGGGACUUGGUGAAAUAAAAACAGUUUUUGUGGCA